AUGGGUUGUACAACAGUAAAAAAAAACCCAAAUUCAUAAUACAAAGAUAAUAAUUAAGCAGAAGAUAAUAAUAAUGUGGUUUAAAAAAAAGAAAAUGGUAAAUUAUCCCAAGGACCCGAAAUUUUUGUUUCUUUAAAAACAACUAAUAUAUAAUAAGAGUAUAAAUUUGGUUCAUUAUUAGGAGAAGGUGCUUUUGGAUGUGUUAGAUUAGUAGAAUAAAAAAAAUCGGGUAUUUUUUUUUUUAAAAAAAAAAAUUAAAAUAAAAAUAAAAAAUAAAAAGGAUUAUUAAGAGCUAUGAAAUGUAUAUAAAAAAAUAACAUUAUUAAAGAAGAAGAAGAAAAAAUGUUUGCUGAAGUUAAUAUUUUAAAGUCUUUAAAUCAUCCUAAUAUUAUUUAAUUAUAUGAAUUGUAUUAAGAUGAAUAAUUAUAUUAUUUAAUAACAGAAUAUUGUUCAGGAGGUGAAUUAUUUGAAAGAAUUAAAUAAAUGGAUUAGUUUUCUGAAAAAGAAGCUGCUGAUUAUAUGAAAUAAAUACUUUCAGCAAUUUUAUAUUGUCAUUAAAGAGGAAUAUGUCAUCGAGAUUUAAAACCUGAAAAUUUAGUCUUUGAUUCGAAAAAAACAGAUUCAAAUUUAAAAGUAAUAGACUUUGGAACUUCGAGAAAGUUUGACUCUUCAAAAAAAAUGACAAAACGCUUAGGGACACCUUAUUAUAUUGCACCAGAAGUCUUAAACUAAAACUAUGAUGAGAAAUGUGAUAUUUGGUCUUGUGGAGUUAUAUUAUAUAUAUUAUUAUGUGGGUAUCCUCCUUUUAAUGGUUCUAAUGAAAAGGAAAUAUUUAAAAGUGUUUAAGAAGGUAAUUUUACAUUUGAUGACGAAGAUUGGGGAUAAAUAAGCUAAGAAGCUAAAUCUUUAAUAAAAAAAAUGCUUGAAAAGGACUCUACUAAAAGACUUUCUGCUUAAUAAGCUUACGAUGAUGUAUGGAUUACUAAAACAUGCUCAAAAUAACCUUUAAAUUCAAAAGUUUUAUAAAAUUUAGGAUAAUUUUAAUCAAAGAAUAAACUAAGAAAUGCUAUAUUAACUUUCAUAGCUACUUAUAUUGUAUCUUAAUAAGAAAAAGAAGAACUUUUGAAAGCUUUUAAAGUUUUAGAUUAAAAUGGAGAUGGAACAUUGGAAAGAAAAGAACUAAUUUAAGGUUAUAUGUCGAUUUGUAAAAAUAGAGCUUAAGCUGAAGAAAUUGUAAAUAAAUUAUUUGGAGCUAUAGAUGCAAAUUAAUCUGGAAAAGUUGAUUUUUCAGAAUUUAUUGUUGCAGCUAUGUAAGAAGAAAAACUUCUCUCGAAAAAUAAAAUAGAAAAAGCAUUUAAAAUUUUUGAUUAAGAUGGAAACGGAUUUAUUGAAAAGAGUGAAUUAUAAAUGAUAAUGGGGGGUACAGAUUUAGACGAAUAAACUUGGUAGGAAAUUUUAAAAGAAAGUGAUACAAAUAAUGAUGGAAAAAUAUCUUAAUAAGAAUUUAUUGAACUUCUAGUAAAAAAAAUAGAUUUAAAAGGGAAUAUGAAUAUUUGACUAUUUUUUUAUAUAUUA